UGAGGCCGACGGGAGCCGCGCUGGGCCCGAAAGGCUCCCGGUCGGCGCGGGGGGCGCGGGGGAAUGAAUGGGCGCUGAGCUAGGGGCGCGCCCGCCGGACCGACAGGCCUGGCGCGCGGGGCGGCCGCGGCAUGGAGGACGACGCGCCGGUCAUCUACGGGCUGGAGUUCCAGGCACGUGCUCUAACACCUCAGACUGCAGAAACAGAUGCCAUUCGGUUUUUGGUUGGGACGCAGUCUCUUAAAUAUGAUAAUCAGAUCCACAUCAUAGAUUUUGAUGAUGAAAACAACAUUAUCAACAAAAACGUCCUCCUCCAUCAGGUGGGCGAGAUCUGGCACAUCAGCACCAGUCCUGCGGACAGAGGCGUGCUGGCCACCUGCUACAACAAACCUUCAGACAGCAAAGUCCUGACGUGUGCGGCCGUGUGGAGGAUGCCAAAGGAGCUGGAGCCGGGCAGCCACGAGUCCCCUGACGAUUCAUCAAGCACCGCGCACACCCUGGAGCUGCUCUGUCACCUUGACAACACGGCCCACGGCAGCAUGGCCUGUGUCACGUGGGAGCCCACGGGGGACGGGAAGAGGGUCAUCUCUCUGGCGGACAACCACAUCCUGCUGUGGGACCUGCAGGAAAGCUCCAGCCAGGCCGUGCUGGCCAGUUCGGCGUCCCUGGAAGGGAAGGGACAGCUGAAGUUCACCUCGGGACGGUGGAGCCCUCACCACACUGGCACCCAGGUGGCCACGGCGAACGACACGACCAUCCGAGGGUGGGACACGCGGAGCAUGAGCCAGAUAUACUGCAUAGAGAACGCCCACGGGCAGCUGGUGCGGGACCUGGACUUCAACCCCAACAAGCAGUACUACCUAGCCAGCUGCGGGGACGACUGCAAGGUCAAGUUCUGGGACACCCGAAAUGUCACCGAGCCCGUCAAGACCCUGGAGGAGCACUCCCACUGGGUGUGGAACGUCCGCUACAACCACUCGCACGACCAGCUUGUGCUCACGGGCAGCAGCGACAGCAGAGUCAUCCUGACCAACAUGGUGUCCAUCUCCUCCGAGCCCUUCGGCCACCUGGUGGACGACGAUGACCUGAGUGACCAGGAGGAGCGCCGUCCGGAGGAGAAGAGUCAGGAGCCGCCGCAGGACAGCGUCAUCGCCACCUACGAGGAGCACGAGGACAGCGUGUAUGCCGUGGACUGGUCCUCCGCCGACCCCUGGCUGUUUGCCUCCCUGAGUUACGACGGGAGGCUCGUCAUCAACAGGGUGCCCCGGGCGCUCAAGUAUCACAUACUGCUCUAGGCCCGUCCUGAUGCACCUCCUGGCAGGUCCCUGAACACGUGCAGCUCUUUGGAGGUCGCUUUCCAGCGGGUCCCUGUGGGGAGAACCAGGUCGCCUGCCUCUCAGGCGGGCGGGUGGGCGUUAACACCAGGGCGCUCCUGCCGACUGCACAGCCCACCCUGUGCAACGUCACCCCUCCCGGAGGCGGGCACCGUCCUCACCUGUGCCGGGCGUGAGCCGCCCUUCCCGGCGUCCACGUCUUCCUGGCUUCGGCUUUCUCUAAUCUGUUUAAGGGUGUUGGGAGUUUCAUUAGAAAGAAAAAAAUCUUUGUUUAUAUAACAUUAACUCAUUUUUCUCUUGAGAUUGAAAAUAAAACAAGCAAGGCUGUGCUA